UCUGCAGGAGGCCACAGGAGACCAAAGGAAAUCAGGAAGGGUGAAUUGUGCUCAGCUGUAUAAAACUGAAGGCCAAACUUAAGAGAAGCAGUUGGGGCUGUUUUGCCCCAACGAGAAACUUACAAAGGAAGUUCUCCCUGCCACGCCCAUUUGAUGGCAUACCUGGGGGUGAUACCAGGUCCUGUUUCCUGAUGUCCCAGCAGAAUAAAGAAUGACAAAGAGUGCUGACAUCUGCCAUAGCCUGGAUCUUGCUGUGCCUAGGAGGGAAAAGACCCCAAAAGACCACCACCAGGAGUCGAGUCCAUUGCAGAACACAUGAGGAUCUUUUUAUUACAAGCUGCAUCUUGGGCUCACACUCAUUGCUGAAGCCCCAUGCUCAGCUUCACAGUGGCACGAAGAUCAUGACUGACUAGAGAAACUUGUUCCAGUGAAAGCAAAAGUCUGAAUUACCAUUGUCACCUGAUUCUGGAAAUGACUUUCUCCUUGAAUUUUUCUUGGCUCCGGUGGAAAUGGCCAACCCAAAAUGCCUUCCCCGAGUCCCCUUCAGAAACCACACCCCUGCUUUCUCCAGAGAUAGAGAGGCAGAGCUACAACCCAACGGAGCAGCGGGUGGUGUACCCCAACAACAGCAUGUGUCACCAAGACUGGAAGAAGGUCUCCAGAAGGUACCCAGGCAACAGCAUCUGUACAACCAAGUACACCCUCCUCACCUUCCUGCCCCAGAAUCUCUUUGAGCAGUUCCAUAGGUGGGCCAACCUCUACUUUCUGUUCCUGGUGAUUCUGAACUGGAUGCCCUCCAUGGAAGUCUUCCACAGAGAGAUUACCAUGUUACCAUUGGCCAUUGUCCUGUUUAUCAUCAUGGUCAAAGAUGGCACGGAAGACUUCAAGAGAUACCGCUUUGAUAGAGAGAUGAACAGCGCCACCAUCCACAUAUAUGAAAGAAAAGAGCAAAGCUACAUGCAGAAGCGCUGGCAGGAUGUGCGUGUGGGAGACUUUGUCCAGAUGCGGUGCAAUGAGAUUGUCCCAGCCGACAUCCUCCUCCUCUUCUCCUCAGACCCCAGUGGGGUCUGCCACCUGGAAACUGCCAACUUGGAUGGGGAGACCAACCUCAAGCAAAGGCGUGUUGUGAAGGGCUUCUCACAGCAGGAGGUGCAGUUCCAACCCGAGCAUUUCCACAGUACCAUUGUGUGUGAGAAGCCCAACAACCACCUCAGCAAGUUUAAGGGUUAUAUGGAGCAUCCUGACCAGACCAGGACUGGCUUUGGCAGCGAGAGUCUUCUGCUCCGAGGUUGUACCAUCCGAAACACUGAGGUGGCAGCUGGCAUUGUCAUCUACGCAGGCCAUGAGACAAAAGCCAUGCUGAACAACAGUGGCCCCCGCUACAAACGCAGCAAAAUUGAGCGGCGCAUCAACACAGACAUCUUCUUCUGCAUCGGCCUUCUCUUCUUCAUGUGCCUCAUUGGAGCUAUAGGCCACAGCCUCUGGAAUGGUACCUUUAAAGAGCAUCCACCCUUUGAUGUGCCAGAUGCUGAUGGGAACUUCCUUUCUAUUGCCCUUGGAGGCUUCUACAUGUUCCUCACAAUGAUCAUUCUGUUCCAGGUGUUGAUCCCGAUCUCCUUGUAUGUGUCCAUUGAGCUGGUAAAGCUUGGGCAAGUCUUCCUCCUUCAUAAUGACCUUGACUUAUAUGAUGAAGAAACCGAUUUGUCCAUUCAGUGUCGAGCCCUCAACAUUACAGAGGACCUGGGCCAAAUCCAGUACAUCUUCUCUGACAAGACGGGGACCCUGACAGAAAACAAGAUGGUGUUCCGGCGUUGCACCAUUGUGGGCAGCGAAUAUUGUCACCAAGAAAAUGCCAAGCGACUGGAGAUGUCAAAGGAGCUGGAUUCAGAUGGUGAGGAGUGGACGCAAUACCAAUGUCUGUCCUUCCCACCUAGAUGGGCCCAGGGAACAGCAACGAUGAGAAGCCAAGGAGGUGCCCAGCCUCUGAGGAGGUGCCAGAGUGCCCGGGUCCCUAUCCAGAGCCACUCCCGACAAAGGUCUGUGGGGCGCUGGGAAACCUCACAGCCUCCUGUGGCCUUCAGCAGCUCAAUAGAGAAAGAUGUGACUCCUGAUAAGAACCUCCUGAGCAAGGUGAGAGAUGCUGCCCUUUGGCUCGAGACCUCUGAUACCAGACCUGCCAGGCCUUCUCAUUCCACCACUGCCUCCAUUGCUGACUUCUUCCUUGCCCUAACCAUCUGCAACUCUGUCAUGGUGUCCACAACCACUGAGCCCAGAAAGAGGGUUACCACUCCGCCCUCCAGCAAGGCUCUGGGGACAUCCUUGGAGAAGAUUCAGCAGCUCUUCCAGAGGCUGAAACUUUUGAGCCUCAGCCAGUCAUUCUCAUCCACUGCCCCCUCCGACACAGAUCUAGGGGAGAGUCUGGGACCUAGCAUGCCCACCGCAGACUCGGAUGAGAAAGAUGAUGCAUCUGUGUGUAGCGGAGACUGCUCCACUGACGGUGGCUACAGGAGCAGCACGUGGGAGCAGGGUGACAUCCUGGGGUCUGGCUCAGAGGCUUCUCUGGAGGAGGGCCUGGAGGACCCAGCUCUCAGCCUAGAUGGACCUGAGCUGUGCUACGAGGCUGAGAGCCCCGAUGAGGCAGCUCUGGUGCAUGCUGCCCGUGCCUACAGUUUCACCCUAGUGUCUAGGACACCCGAGCAGGUGACUGUGCGUCUGCCACAGGGCAUCUGCCUCACCUUUGACCUCCUCUUCACACUGGGCUUUGACUCUGUCCGGAAGAGAAUGUCAGUGGUGGUGAGGCACCCUCUGACAGGUGAGAUCAUCGUCUACACCAAGGGUGCUGACUCAGUUAUCAUGGACCUGCUAGAAGAUCCAUCCUGUGCAGGUGACAUUGAUGUGGAAAAGAAGCUGAAAAGAAUCCGAGCCCGGACCCAAAAACAUCUGGACUUGUAUGCAAGAGAUGGCCUUCGAACCUUGUGCAUCGCUAAGAAGGUUGUAGAUGAAGAGGACUUCCAGAAGUGGGCCAGUUUCCGGCGUGAAGCUGAGGCAUCCCUUGACAACCGAGAGGAGCUUCUGAUGGAGACAGCCCAGCACCUGGAGAAUCAUCUCACCUUACUCGGAGCCACUGGGAUUGAAGAUAGGCUCCAAGAAGGAGUUCCAGACACCAUCGCCGCACUGCGAGAGGCUGGAAUCCAGCUCUGGGUUUUGACAGGAGAUAAACAGGAGACGGCAGUCAACAUUGCAUAUUCCUGCAAACUGCUGGAUCAGACUGACACUGUGUACUCCAUUAACACAGAGAAUCAGGAAACCUGCGAGUCCAUCCUCAGUUGUGCAUUGGAAGACGUCAAGAGGUUUCAUGAACCACAACAGCCAACCCGAAAGCUCUGUGGGCACCGCAUGUCACCUAUUCACUCAGGGGCUACGGCUCAGGAAGUUGGACUGGUCAUUGAUGGAAAAACAUUGAAUGCCAUUUUCCAGGGAAAGCUGGAAAAUAAGUUCCUGGAGUUGACCCAGUACUGUUGCUCUGUGCUGUGUUGUCGCUCUACCCCACUCCAGAAGAGUAUGAUUGUCAAGCUGGUGCGAGACAAGUUGAACAUCAUGACUCUCUCCAUAGGUGAUGGAGCCAAUGAUGUAAGCAUGAUUCAAGCUGCUGACAUUGGCAUUGGAAUAUCUGGGCAGGAAGGCAUGCAGGCUGUCAUGUCCAGCGACUUUGCCAUUGCCCGCUUCAGCCACCUCAAGAAGCUGCUCCUUGUGCACGGGCAUUGGUGUUACUCACGCCUGGCCAGGAUGGUUGUGUAUUACUUCUACAAGAAUGUGUGCUAUGUCAACCUGCUAUUCUGGUACCAGUUCUUCUGUGGUUUCUCCGGCUCCACCAUGAUCGAUUAUUGGCAGAUGAUAUUCUUCAAUCUCUUCUUCACGUCCUUGCCUCCCAUCAUCUUUGGAAUUCUCGAUAAAGAUGUCUCUGCAGAAACACUCCUGGCAUUGCCUGAAUUAUACAAGAGUGGCCAGAACUCUGAGUGCUACAACCUACCAAUGUUCUGGAUGUCCAUGGCUGAUGCAUUCUACCAGAGUCUCGUCUGUUUCUUUAUUCCUUACCUGACCUAUAGAGGUUCUGAUAUAGAUGUCUUUACUUUUGGAACGCCAAUCAACACCAUCUCCCUCACCACCAUCCUCUUGCACCAGGCAAUGGAAAUGAAGACAUGGACUGUCCUCCAUGGCCUUGUCCUCCUCGGCAGCUUCUUGAUGUACUUCGUGGUUUCCCUAAUAUACAACGCCACCUGUGUCACCUGCAACAGCCCCACCAAUCCCUACUGGGUGAUGGAAAGGCAGCUCUCAGAUCCCACGUUCUACCUCAUCUGCCUCCUCACACCAGUUGUGGCUCUUCUACCAAGGUACUUUCUCCUGUCUCUACAAGGGACGUGUGGAAAGUCUCUAAUCUCGAAAGCUCAGAAAAUUGACAAGCUGCCCAUAGACAAAAGAAACCUAGAGAUCCAGAACUGGAGAAGCAAACAGAGGCCUGUCCCUGCCUCUGCCUCUGCUCCUGCUGCUGCUGGCACUGUCCACACUCAACCCCCAUGCCGCGCAGCACCACCUGAAGCACAGCAGGACUUAAGAACCAGUGCCUCAAAGAGCCCUAGCUCUGCCAGGCAGAAACAUGUGGAAGACUGGAUUCUCCAGGGUCCAAGGAGCAGCAAAGAGCACUCGAGAGAUGACGCAUGCUCAGGAGACACCUUGGCUAAACUCUCGUCUGGGGAAUGCCUUCUGGGCCCAACCAGGACAAUGGCUCCCGCAGCCUAUGCCAGGGGUCAGAAGGAUGUGUCUCGCCACUCAAGCAAAGGCAGCCAUCGCCGGUCUCAGAGUUCACUGACCAUAUGAGGGGGCUAUAGAAAUCAGAGAUGGAUACAAACUCCAGCCCAAUCACUGAGCGAGUGACCAAGUCCCCUUUGUUCUCUAUAAGGGAAUGACUGCCAGUUUUUAUCAAUUCUUCUCACCAGGGUUGACUUCCUUCAGGAAAUGCUGCCCCCAAAGGAUUUGAGGAAAACUGUCAGGCCAGCUGACUACUUGCUUUCUUCUGUUGCCAGGAAGCACAUCUUGAAAACAACAGUCUGGACAGAGAUAAUAUGAUUUUACUGCAUUGUGCUUUCAUAGCCAAAGCAAAUCCUUAUGCCUUUCUAAGUAAGUAAAGACUAUGACCCAGUGUAAGCAGACAGCAAGUAUCCACAGCUCCAACCAGUAUUAUAAACCUUGGGAAUCUAUCAGACAUGGAAGUUACUAGGUUUGUCAAACCAUCACCUCAGGAGUUCAAGUUUCCACACGAGGGCUUCAUUUCACGAUGACGACAAUACCAUCCCUUCUGUGCACAGAGUUGGGUCUGCUUCUUUCCUCUAGUCCAGUGGUUCCCAACCAUCCUAGUGCUGUGACCCUUCAUACAGUUCCUUGUGUUGUGGUAACCCCCAACCCUAAAAUUAUUUUGAUGCUCCUUCAUACCUGUAAUUUUGCUGCUGUUAUGAAUCAUAAAUAUUGGAUAUGCAACCCUCAAGGAGGUGGCGACCCACAGAUUGAAAACCACUGAUCUAAGCCAAAGACAUCUACAUCUAAAGAUGAAAAUGGGAUUUAUAAGUAGUACAGUGGAUACUACCAAAGACUGUAGGGUUACAGCUCAUGUAAGAAACAAGAAUACACAUAUAAAAGUUUUUUCACUAAUGGACCACAUGCCCCACCUUCUAAGGAAUAUUCCAAAGGACACGGCAUUCUCCUCAUCAGACUAUUUUGAAAUAAAAUUCCUCAUCCUCAUUCAACACUUACAAUGGGAAAAAAAAAAUCAGAGAUGAGAGCUUAAUACAGCCUCCCUCAGGAAGAGACCCACAUGACAGAGCAACUAUGAAUGCAAAUGGACAUCUUCAAGCUUCAAACCUACACUAAUCAGCUUAUUCCAGAAUGUCAUGGCCAUCACUGACCCAUGAUUCAGCUAAGUUAAGCAGUCAUGGGGAAAGAAUUACAUCGCGUCCCUAGAAACUUGAAAAUGCUAAAAAUGUUAAAGAACUCAAAGAAGUGUUCCUAUAAAAGGCUGUCAAGAGAAUCUAGAUCUGCUAUGGUCUAUUCCAACUUUUUAAAGAGAAGUCAAGCAGUGUUCUUUGCCGCAGUCUCCCCUGAGAAAGUGCCUACACACUGGGGGGAAAAGGUCCAAGGAUAUCCAAGCCAGUGCGUUUGUACCUACGUCAUCAUCACCAGUCAUGAGUUGGCCUGUCACUUAAGUAAUUCCUCAGGAAGGAUACUCAGCAAAAGCUCAACUAUCAAGAUGACGGUGGCAGAGUGAGCUGACUCCCUGUCCAGCCUUGGGGAAAACAAAGACUGGAGGAGCCAUUUGGAGCAUCAUCCUCAAGUUCUGCCCUGUACUGAUGCCAGCAUUAGCCAGAAGGUGGGGACUUAAGUAUCAUACAGGAAAAAAAGUGGUAUGGUCAUGCAAGAGGUAGGGGGAUGAGGGGUAACCAAGCAGGCAUACAUUGUUUCAAAUAGAGAGAUUCAUCAGAAGUUGGAUCUCACCCCCUCUUUUUCUAUGAGACUCCUGCCUGCUGCCAAUAAUCAGAAAUCCCAGCAGUAUAUUCGAGAAAAUAACAGCACUCCAGUAGAUUGGAGUUUAAGAGUUUGCUCUUUCCCUGUAGUCUUUAAAGGACCUUGAAGCAGGCCACCAUGCUUGCAAAUUAGGUAUAAGCAGCUCUACCUCCUGGUGUAAAGAGUCCAAAUUACAUGAAGUAUACCGAUGAGGCUUUGAAAAAGCAGGGGCAGUCCCGAGUAGGAACAGAGGGAGCCUCACUUCAGAAGGAGAAGAGGAAACAGGAAAACGGAAAGAGAACAGAACACUCUACCCCUUCCUGAAACCCACACUCUUCCUGGCAUCCUGAUGCUGCUCUUUUUCUUGCCUGACUGACCCUCUCGGUUUACCCGGGAUGGUCCCAUUUUUAGUUCCUCACAUGCUGGGGGAGCCUGGCCCAAUGUGGUCACAAUGUGGUCACUUACUCUGGCCAUUCUCAUGAACCAAACCAACUGUGUGCCUGUCUAACAUGCCACCUCACUCAGAGGGAAGCUCUGGCGUUCCCUCUAUAAUGUAAUGGUAUUGAUUGUGUGUAGUAUAUAUUAUGUGUGUAUAAUCUUUUUAUUGAUUGACUGGAAACAUGUCAUCAUUUUUUAGAAAGAAAAAAAAUAAACUUGGUUUUUCCAUAGUUCCCUACCAA